UCACAGGCAAAAGGCCUUAAGGACUCGAAACUCGAAAACAACUAAAACUAAAAAUUGUUUAUUUAUUUUGCCAUGCUGGUACAACGUUACGCCGCCCUCUUGGCAGUUUUCCUGCUGCUCUGGUGCGGAAGUGGCGCCCAAUUGCAGGUGCAGGCACAAAGCGGCUAUAACUAUGUGCGUCCGGAGCUGGCCACCACGGCAGGCGGCGGAGCUAUAGCGGGUCGUUUGCAACCUGGUGUAUAUCCCACGGGCACAGCUCUGCCCUUGACGCCUGCGCCGGUCACAGCCUAUGGCGCCGGAUUGUUUCCUUCGCCACCUGUGGGCUAUACGCCCAGUGGACAGGCAACGACUGCUUUUGGAGCACCUGCCACAGCUGCCGUUGGCAGCGUCCCCAAUCUGCCAAGACGCCCUAAUGGCUCUGGUUUACAGAGCGCAUCAUCUGCAGGCCGCGGCGGUCCUUACGGCCCACAGCCGCAAUAUAGCAACACGGCCGUGGGAUCGUCGGGUGCACGUGCGUCCCUUGCGGAGGAUUACAACGACGGCGCCGAUGGUGAUUACUCAGCCAUACCCGGUGAGCCCGGCGUGGACUAUCCCGUAUACGCCCAAGUGCCACGCACCAAUUUCGACUGCUCACAACAACCACUUCCGGGCUACUAUGCGGACAUUGAAGCCCAGUGCCAGGUAUUUCACAUAUGUGCACUCAAUCGCACCUACUCCUUCCUGUGUCCCAAUGGCACAGUGUUUAGCCAGGAGACGCUUGUCUGUGUGUGGUGGAAUCAAUAUGACUGCGUCUCGGCGCCAAGUCUGUACGCCAACAAUGCCUACAUCUAUGACUAUAGUGGUACCAGCUCCAGCUCCAGUUCCAGCAAUCUAAAUCUGAAUGCCAAUGUAUAUCGAGGUGGUUCACAGCCUGUGAAUACGGCCUACGGUGCAGUUGCUCCAUCUACCUCUGCAGGCGGAGGGCUUCGCGCUACUGGUUCCCCACAGAUUGCAGGAUACAAUGCACAACGUGGAGCCUAUGCUCCACCCUCACCCACGCCCACACAAGCGCAAUCUCUGUAUGGUGCUGGCGCCAUUAUACGCCCGGCUGGUGUCUCGGGCACUGUGUCUGCUCCGGGUGCCAAUCGCUUACCGCCAGCCACAGCUGCUGCUGGUCUGGCGGCCACAGCGGCGGGCUUACUGCCCGACAACGCUGUGGGCAGCUUUGCUCAACCUGUCGUUGCCGUUGGCAAUCGAGAGUAUCUGCCGCCGGCCACCGUUGGCCAACGCCAACAACGCACUCAAGCAUAGGCGUAAAGACAUCUCAGCAUUU